AUGUGUGGCAAGCGGUUGGUCCGCCCUGCACAGCGGCGCGCGCACACGCACGCGCACACCCCACCGCGCGCACCGGCCAUUCCUGGAGCCACACUGCCCCCUCGUGGCCGCAGGCGGCUCUACACCAGCUCGGUCUUCGCUCCGCCCCGGAGGAGCCCUCUCGUUGUCCGGUGUCCGGAGCAGAGCGCCCCGCUGGCGGGGACCCAGCAGCUGGUUCAGGAAACUGGGAUCGAUCCCAGCGGGCCUGAUGGUGCUGGGGGUGGGGGCCCCGGGGCGUCCUGGCUGCGAGUGCAGCUGGCGUCCCUGGGUGGGAUGGUGGCACUGACAGCCCAGCCACUGCGCCGCUCAGAGUGCGGGCGGAACCUCUGCGGGGGCCUGGGCAUCGCUGCCCGAAAGCCUUUCAUGCAGGAACGGGCACUCCCAGGCCCGCCUGCAUGCUGUCACGCUCGGCCCUGUGACAGCCCCACAGGGGAGACUAACUCCCGGAGGCCACGUCUGCAGCUGACCCCGGCCCCUGGCCAGCAGACCCGGCUUCAUGGAGGCAAAGAUACGAUGGAGGUGGUAGUGGAGCCCCAGCCAGACUCCCAAUCCCCUAUUAGCAAAGAGGGAGCCUGGGCCCGGCACCACGGCCACUCGCCCGCCUGGCCGCCUGGGAUGCCCACCCUGGCCUCUGCCAGGGGCUCAGUCCGCCUGCUCUUGGAGCUGCAGGAGCCCAGAGCUCAGAGGUGGGUGUCCUGGGGUGCAGAGACACAGAGCAAACAGGCUGGGCCCAACAUCUCAGAAAGUGCCUCAGCAGAGCCCCGGCCGUGUCCCCACUCCCAGCACGUGCACCCGGGGCCGCCCGGGUCCCAGCAGGUCUCAAUUGAGCCUGAGCCUGGCUCCUGGAAGAUCCAAGCUCCCACCCCUGGGAAGGCGUGGGCAGCCCUGGCGGCCCAGAAGAGCAACUGCUGUCAGUCUCCAGGGGAUGACGGAGCCCCCACACCGGGGCCCGAAUGGGGGCUUGGAGGCUCCGGACCCCGCAGCCUAGCCGAGCAGUCUCAGGCCCCCUUGAGGAGCAGGCUGGCCCCCAGAGAGAUGGCCGUGUGGAGCUCCCGGGAGCUGCUCCUGGUGCACUUCCUGGUCCUGGCUGCGGGUGGUACGGACCACAUCUACCGGCCAGGCCGAAGGGUGUGUGCCGUCAGGGUGCCAGAAAGUACAGUCUCCGAGUCCUUCGUGCAACGGUUGUACCAGCCUUUUCUCACCACCUGUGACGGGCACCGGGCCUGCAGCACCUACAGGACCAUAUACAGGACGGGCUAUCGCCGCAGCCCCGGGCCGGCCGUGGCCAGACUGCACUACGCCUGCUGUCCCGGCUGGAAGAGGACCAGCGGGCUCCCGGGGGCCUGUGCAGUAGCAAUAUGCCAGCCACCAUGCCAGAACGGAGGGAAGUGUGUCCUGCCAGGCCGAUGCCACUGCCCUGCCGGGUGGCAGGGGAAUACCUGCCAGACAGAUCUAGAUGAGUGCAGCUCUGGGCGAGACAGGUGUCCCCAGCACUGCGUCAACACUCUGGGCAGCUACUGGUGCCGGUGUUGGGAGGAGCACCACCCGUCUGCAGACGGGACAGUCUGCCUGCCCAUGGGAGAGCCCCCCACGGUGGCCCCCAGCCCCACACCAGGAGUGGACAGUGUGGUGGAGCAGGAAGUACGGAGCCUGCAGUCCAGGGUGGCCCUACUAGAGCAGAAGCUGCAGCAUGUGCUGGCCCCCCUGCACAGCCUGGCCUCACGGGCCCUGCAGCUCGGGCUUCCAGACCCAGGCAGCCUCCUGGUCCACUCGGUCCAGCAGUUGGAACGCAUCGACUCCCUGAGUGAGCAGGUCUCCUUCCUGGAGGAGCAGCUGGGGGCCUGCUCCUGUAAGAAGGAACUGUGA